AUGCGCCGUUGGCCGCUGCUGGGAGCUGGAGCAGAGUUGCAGGAAUUCAGCAGGAUCCUGAGAAGAAAGUCUGAAACUGAGUACUGGCUGCAAGCACCAUGUCUAAAGUGGUGCAGAAAAAAAAACCAUUGGACAACUAAAGUGCAUGAGAGCGCGGUGGGCAAGAGCCAAGUGGAGGAGCUGAAUGUUCUGAUCUCAGGUGGAGCUGAGAAUGGCGAGUUUUCUUAUCUGAGGGAAGGAAAUCAUCAGAUCGUCUGCGGCAGCGGGGAGCUAAGGGAAGGCGAACUCUUACUGGAAGUCGAUGGAGUGCAUGUGUCUGGGCUCCCUCUAUAUGAUGUGCGCAGUGUGGUCAGGAACAGUAAAGAUCCGAUCCGCCUGAAGACCGUCAAACAAGGAAGUAAACUCAACAAAGAUCUACGACACUAUCUUAGUCAGAGAUUUCAAAAAGGAUCAGCAGAUCACGAACUGCAGCAGACAAUACGGGACAACCUUUAUCGACAUGCUGUGCCUUGCACAACGAGACCACCUCGUGACGGUGAAGUUCCUGGUGUUGACUACAAUUUUCUCACAGUAAAGGAGUUCGUUGACCUAGAGGAGAGUGGCACUCUUCUAGAAGUUGGGACGUAUGAAGGUAACUAUUAUGGAACACCCAAACCUCCAAGCCAGCCGUACAGCAGGGAAGUAAUUACCAGUGAUGCUUUGCGAGGUUCUCAAUCUGGCUCAAAGCCGACCCCAAAACGAAGCAAGUCGUACAAUGAUAUGCAAAACGCUGGAAUAGAGCAACCAGAAAAUGAAGAUGAUGAGGAAAACCCUGAAAUGAAUAGCAGUUUUACAGAUUCUAGUGAACAAGACGAGCACAACACCCCCAAAGAAGCAGCACCUCUGUACAGCAACCUCACUAGUUCCAAUAGCCAUAAGACAGAGCUGCCGCAGCAACCAGUACAUCACUCGGAUCUCGCAGUGGACAGUCUCGGCCCUCUGCCUGAUAACUUGGAAAUGGCAUUCACUGAAAAUGGAGAAGUCUACUUUAUUGACCAUAAUACAAAGACCACAUCAUGGCUUGAUCCAAGGUGCCUCAACAAGCAGCCUAAGCCACUGGAAGAAUGUGAAGAUGAUGAAGGGGUACACACAGAGGAACUGGACAGUGAAAUAGAGCUGCCCACUGGAUGGGAGAAAAUAGAUGACCCUGUAUAUGGCGUCUAUUAUGUCGAUCACAUCAAUCGGAAAACACAGUACGAGAAUCCUGUUGCUGAGGCCAAGCGCAAAAAGCAACUUGAGCAGCAACAAGCAGAAGAGUGGACAGAGCAUCAAGCAUCUCCUGGUCCCAAAGCUCCAAACUACACGCAGAAUAAUCAGGACACCUUCAGAGAAGCCCCAGCGCAAGGUGGCAAGCCCUUCUUUACAAGAAACCCUGCAGAGCUGAAGGGACAGUUCAUCAACACCAAACUAAAGAAAAGUACCCGAGGGUUUGGAUUCACUGUUGUUGGUGGGGAUGAGCCUGAUGAAUUUCUGCAGAUUAAAAGUUUAGUUCUUGAUGGGCCUGCAGCACUGGAUGGCAAAAUGGAGACAGGUGAUGUUAUAGUAAGUGUAAAUAGCAGUUGCGUGCUGGGAUAUACGCAUGCUCAAGUUGUGAAAAUAUUCCAGUCGAUUCCCAUUGGAGCAACAGUGGAUCUUGAACUUUGCCGGGGUUAUCCUCUGCCAUUUGAUCCAGAUGACCCAAAUACCAGUUUGGUAACUUCAGUGGCUAUUUCAGAUAAAGAGCCAAUUAUUGUCAAUGGUCAAGAAAAUUGUGACUCCCUUUCAAGCCACAGUAGCCAAACAGCUCCUGCAAAUGGGAAUGGAGUGAAAGAUCAGAGACCAUAUAGCCCAUCAUCUGGUGAGGUUUCAUCGAAUGGAUCCCAUACAGGCUACGGCAAUGAUAAUGCCUCCCUGGCUUCCUCUAUAGCCACUCAACCUGAACUUAUAACUGUUCAUAUAGUGAAAGGCCCCAUGGGCUUUGGUUUCACCAUAGCAGACAGUCCUGGUGGUGGCGGUCAAAGAGUUAAACAAAUUGUGGACGGUCCGCGCUGUCGAGGCCUGAAAGAAGGGGAUCUCCUACUGGAAGUCAACAAGAAGAAUGUCCAGAACUUAAGUCAUAAUCAAGUAGUUGAUACACUGUUAGAAUGUCCCAAAGGAAGUGAAGUGACACUCCUGGUUCAGCGAGGAGGACCACUUCCCAAGAAAAGCCCAAAGUCGCAGGCACUGGAAAGGAAGGACAGCCAGAACAGCUCCCAGCACAGUGUCUCCAGCCAGCGGAGCACACACACUGCUUCACCAGUCCUGGGCGCCCCUGGGCUUCCUGACUAUCCUUCGAACGAGGUACCAGCAGUGGAUCAAACGGAUAUCUCUGGGCAAAGGAAGCCAGAUCCUUUUAAAAUCUGGGCCCAGUCAAGAAGCAUGUAUGAAAGUAGACUUCCCGAUUACCAGGAGCAAGAUAUUUUCCUCUGGAGAAAAGAAACUGGAUUUGGAUUUAGGAUACUUGGUGGAAAUGAACCAGGAGAGCCAAUCUACAUUGGUCACAUUGUGCCACUGGGUGCCGCCGAUGCGGAUGGACGGCUGCGAACAGGUGAUGAGCUGAUUUGUGUGGAUGGCACAGCAGUGGUUGGAAAGUCCCACCAGCUCGUGGUUCAGUUAAUGCAACAAGCUGCUAAACAGGGCCAUGUCAAUCUUACUGUGAGGCGUAAAGUGGUUUACGCAGCAGCUGUUCCAAAGCCUGAGACAGAAGUGUCUGCCUCGCCGGUCUCAUCACAUCACAGCAGCAACCAGGCAGUGUCCUUGACUGAAGAGAAGCGCACGCCACAAGGCAGUCAGAACUCGUUGAACACAGUGAGCUCGGGGAGUGGCAGUGCCAGUGGCGGAGGGACUGGUGGCAUUGGCGGUGGACCAGGUGUACAGCCGUAUGAUGUGGAGAUACGCCGUGGAGAAAGUGAAGGGUUUGGCUUUGUGAUUGUCUCCUCUGUCAGUCGACCAGAGGCCGGCACUACUUUUGGCAAUGCAUGUGUAGCCAUGCCUCACAAAAUAGGUCGGAUAAUCGAAGGAAGCCCCGCAGACCGCUGUGGCCAACUUAAAGUUGGAGACCGUAUCUUAGCUGUUAACGGAUGUUCGAUUACCAACAAGUCCCAUUCGGAUAUUGUCAAUUUGAUCAAGGAGGCUGGAAACACUGUUACCUUGCGCAUCAUUCCUGGUGAUGAAUCCUCCAAUCCAUCUUUGCUAACAAAUGCAGAAAAGAUUGCAACAAUUACAACCACUCACACCCCUCAGCAGCCACCGCAGGAAGGACGGAAUAAUGCAAAACCAAAGCCAGAUGUAUCAUAUGAUUAUAAAUCAGCUCAGGAGCCUGAACUGUACACUGUGGAAUUGGAUAAGGGACCAAAGGGUUUUGGAUUCAGUCUUCGUGGUGGGCGUGAAUACAACAUGGAUCUGUACGUACUCCGAUUGGCUGAGGAUGGUGCAGCCAUAAGAAAUGGUAAAAUGAAGGUUGGAGAUGAAAUUCUGGAGAUCAAUGGAGAAACAACCAAGAACAUGAAGCAUUCUCGUGCUAUAGAGCUGAUUAAAAAUGGUGGUCGAAGAGUCUGCCUAUUUCUCAAACGUGGAAAUGGUUAUGUGCCAGAAUAUGACCCAAACAAUGACCGGGGCAGUUCCACAACAGGCUCACAAAAUGUACCGGAAGUGAAACACUUAUCAGAAAGACGACCUCAUCCAUUACUGGAAUCCAGUUAUCCACCAGAAAUUCACAAAUCAUCACAGCACAGAGAUAGGAGGGUUAAUGAACAACAGCCAAUAGGAAGAAAGGAACACAGCAGACCAACCAAUGAACACUACAAUAAGACCUGGAAUGAUACUUACAAAAAAAAAGAAAAUGUACCUGGAAGGAGGAAGGACAGAUCACUUGAUAGGAAAGAAAGAAAGGCAGAGAAUGGAUACCACCAAAGAUCUCCUGAUAGAGGGAGGGAUGUAUCAAGGAUGACAGAUCAAAAUAUGGAAAAGAAUGGAAGAUCACUUGGCAGACAUAAGGAACCACCACAUGACAGGAGAAAAAGGUCACCAGAAAGGAGAUGGGAAGAUUUACCUGAUAGAAGAAGAGAAAAGUCACCUAGCAAGAGAAAUGACAAGUCAUCUGAUAGAACAAGGGAAAGAUCACCACACAGAAAGAAUGAAAAUGCAGCUGAGAGAAGGAGGGAACGGUCACCUGAGAGAAGGAGACACAAGUCUCUUGACCCAAAAAGAGACAGAUCACCUGAAAAGAGAAGUAAAGCUGAAGAAAGAUCCAGGCGCACAGAUGAACAUAACAUGGAGAAAAAUGACUCUUCCCGAAGUUCCAGACAGUCCCCACAGCCAAGACGAAAGGCAUUUAGAGAAUGCAGCACUGAUCUUAGCAUCUGAAUAAAGAAUUAUGCACUGGAUAAGUCAAGUUCUGCCUAAAAGGACAACAUAGGUUCUCUGAAAUGAUCCCAAAGGUGAUUAGAGAUCAUCAGCUUGAAAAAAACUUGAGGCCUACUGAUGUAAAAAAAAGUUGAAUACAAACAAAAGUAACUGUACAUAUGUCAGGAAAAUGUUAACAGUGAAAUGUGCCUGACCCAACACAAGCUAGGGAUUGCUCAAAGGAAAAUAGUAUUGAAAUUACAUGUCAAAUGUAAGCCUUAAUUGUAUUAUUGAUUUUAGAUAACUUGCCAGAUAUUUUGUUAGUUCUUGGGGUGUCUCCAACAUUGUAAUGAAAUAAGAUGACAUUAGCACAAAAUUAUUGCACUUUGUUGAAACACUAUGCUGUUUUAAUACUGAAUAUUUUUCUAUAUCAUGCAAAGAAUUUGGAAGCUUUCCAAAACAUCUAAAAAUUGGUGGGUAUGGCAUUGUUUAAACUGGUGAGUAACUGAGCAGAUAACACAUCAGAAGAGCAAGUUUCUAAACUGGAGUAAUAUGACUCACAAUGCUGAUAUCAAGGAAAGAGUAUGUUUAGACCAUUCAAAAAAAGUGACUGAAAAGAUUGUGCAGACUUCAGCAUUAAUUAUAAACAGGUGGUGUAUCAAAAUUUAGAAGUGGAAUUGUAAUGUAGGUUCAUUUGAUAAUUUCUAUGCCCAUUGCAAAAGGAGACUGUGUGGUGAAGGUCUGCUGUGGCACUGAAUGAAAAAUGAAAGAAACUGCCUAGCUGAGCCAUGAAGAUGCUCUUCAUUAUUGUUGAACCACUAAGUGAACUGCUUUCAGUGCUUCAGUGUGUACAUGUAUACUGUUCACAUUUCCAUUACAACACAAAGUAAGCAUUGCAAGUUUUAUCACUGAUGUUGCCAUGAUACUGUACAAAUGUAUGACUAACCAUCUUGUGUACAAAGUUUAAAUUGUAAUUAAUAGACCCUGUUGCAAAAUGAUGCCUUUCCUGUAAAAAGAGUAAAACAAUGGCAAAACUAAUUGUGAGGAAUGUGAUAGUGUUUAUAUUUCGGAAAUGGAACAAACUGAUUUAUGGGACAUAUUUUAAAGUAAAAUGAUUCAGGUAUAUAAAACUCUUUUCAAAAGGAAUACUAUAUCAGUAAUUAUUAAGUUUUGUUUGUUUUUAAAUUCUAUUUCUUGAUGGUGACCUUGCCUGUGUAUUAUAAAACACUUGUAUGCAGUCUGUGUUCUUUAAGCAUUAAUUCUUGCAAUGUGCUUUAGACCUAAUGUUCUGCUGUGUAGAUUGAAAGCAAUAUAUGGGCAACUCUUUUUAUAAACUACUAUGCAUAUAUAAAUAUUACAUUGUUCAUAGCUUGACCCAUGUGGCUAUAUACAUAGCAUAAGUGUAGUAAGGUGUAGCAGUAGAUGUUAAUAUAUCCGUAUAGCUUCCACCCUCAACCCCAUGCCCAACAAGAUCACAAUGUAUAUGUAGCUACAAAAAAAAGUCUGUGAAUGCUAUUUUUAUUAUCAAAUAAAGUUUUCCAUGCAAAUUCAACAGUUUAGUGUUAGUGAGUGUAAUAAUGGGUCUGUCCUGUUUUCUACUGUUUGACUGUCUUCCAAGCUAUAUUUUUGUAAGGUGCUCAAAAACAGACAUUGAUGCUUUGUCUUUCUCUGUUACCUCAGUCUAUAUUGUUUGAGUAUGUACAUCUGAUUAUUUGGUCGAAGGGUUAUAGUCACAAAAAAAAAUUGGAAUUUAAUGUAUCUUUAAAAUUAGGCCUGACAACAGUCUUUCCCUAUUAAAGGCUCAAUAUUUGUCAACUUACAAGAGGGAAGUGGCAAAUUUACUGCAGGUUUCCAUCAGCAAGUUUUUAAAGUAGCUUUCACAGAAGAAGUAAACCAUUUCUUGCAUGAUAUAGAUUUGAUGCCAGCUCCUAUUGAUAUAAAUAUGAAUGCUUACAGUGGCAGUAUUGUAAUUAUUGAUCUCAGUUGGUAUACAGUGCAUGGUUUCCUAGUCUAAAGCAGAUCUUUUUCCCAUAAAGGAAUAGAAUUCUACUGUUGUCCUGUUAUCAUGGUUUGAAUUCUCUUUCACAAUGUUGGUAAUUUUCAAUGACAGUGUGGGAAUAUUGUUCACAAAUUUACAAGGGACUAAUGAUUACGAAUUGAACACAAGUCAACA